AGGUCACGGAAAUAGUUGUGUGUCGACGACGACGAGUCGAGAGAAAUCAUCGUUCGCGACGUCUCUCCGCCAGUCAGGCCCGCUGCUUCCGCCGAGGCGGUCGGACGAAUCUCGUGAGGGAACGCACUCGAGCCGUAUCGAAUUUAUAAACGACAAGAGUGUCCGUCGUCGAAUAUGGGCUCUUCUAAAAUGCACCGACAGCUCCUAUGUUGCUUCCUUCUGGUGUGCCUAACGACAGAUGCCGUGUCGAAGGAGGAUGAGUCCUGCUACGCCGACAACCGCAAUCCUUACAUCUACACCGGCACAACGACAGCGUAUCACUUUGUUAGUAAUAAUGUUACGGAGCGCAUUAAUGUGCCAAACUGUAAACCAAUAUAUAUAUGGAUGUACUGUAGACACGGCACGCGAUAUGCGAAUCGCAACAGAAUGCUGAGUAUGUUAAACUUAACUUACAUGCAAGAUCUUAUCGUGGGUAAUCACGAGAUUAUGAAACAACGACACUUGUGUGAUCAGGACUUACAGAAUCUAAAGAAUUGGAGUCCCGAUCGAGGUCUUAUUGCCCGAAAUCACAAGCACCUGACUUCGCAGGGCGAAAGAGAUUUGUCGACACUCGGCGAGAGAUUUCGAGCAAGAUAUCCGGAGCUCUUUGACGCGAAUAAGCCUGAAAAUUAUAAGUUUAGAUCAACGAACACUCAACGCACCAUCUCCAGCAUGACUUCCUUCAUAUCAGGAGCGUUCGGCGAUGACUUCGUCGCGGACAUGGAGAUAGACGGCCUAAUGAACGACAGUGUCAUGAUAAAGAUGAUCUCCAAUUGCCGGCCGUGGUUAGACGAGAUGAAUAGUACGGGAGGCAUCGAGAAGUUGCGGGAGUUCAUCGACGGCCCAGAGAUGGCGGAGGUCGUCACCGACGUGAAUCGGCGGUUGGGUUUCGCGGGUCGCAUCAACAAAGACGACGUUUUUCUGCUGUACGACGCGUGCCGCUUCGAGAAAGCCUGGCAGCCUGAUAGACUGUCGCCUUGGUGUGCCGUGUUCGAUGACGACGACAUGCGCGUCUUGGAAUACGAGCAGGAUCUCUUUCACUAUUAUCACUCCGGCUACGGGCUGAAGAUCAAUCGGCAAUUCGGCUGUCAUACCGUGCGAGAUAUGGUCGAUCGCUUCGCGAAACUGGAGCAAGAGGAGGAGGAAGAGGACACCGGCAAACCGAAGGGCUCGUUUAUUUUUGCGCACUCGGCCGGGGCGGCGCAGUUCUACACGGCGUUGGGCAUUGCGAAGGACGCCGAACAUCUUACGGCUUGGAAUUACAAGGACAUGGCCCACAGGAAAUGGAGGAUGUCCCUGUUGACGCCGUUCGCCACCAACUUCGCGGCCGUCUUCCAUAGGUGCGACUCCGAAGACUCCCCCUUCAAAGUCGCCUUCUACCUGGCCGAAAAGCCGGUGACUCUGGAAGGUUGCGAAAACGGGGUGUGCGAUUGGGCGAAGUUGAAGGAAACGCUGGGCCCUGUUGUGGGCAAUUGCGAUAUGAAACUUUGCUAAGAACUGAAAAAAGAUAUUUUGUAAAACCGUGACGUAGCUAAGAAAGAGAAAAAUCGAGUGACAGAAAUCGAGUGAAUUGCGAACGCGUGCCGACACCAAUGACGGUGUUCGAUAACGAAACGAUUGUUCCUGACCUGGUCUAGUGUAAAAUAAAAGUUCACUUUAGUUGGAAUUAUCAAUGAGAAAGAGAGAGUGGAACGUUUGUUGCACGCAAACCCACAAGUAUCCGGGUCAGCCCUGGAACACUGGAGCGACUUCGAAUCGAAACUGGAGCGGCGACGAAUUUGUAAAUUUACAGCAAACUCGUUCACCUGUAUUACACCGGAUUGUUGCAUGGUGAAGGCUGUUGUACGUGAAGAAGUUAUUUAAAUAAAAAAAGUAUACAAAAAUUUU